UCUUCUUUAGUUCUGUAUCUCUCUCUCUCUCUCUCUCUCUCUCUCUAGAAUCUCGAGGUGUGAAAGAUAUGGGUGAUAUUUCAAUCUCGAAUGGUGAUCAUCAUGCUGCUGCUGUGGGAGUUCAGAGAAAGAGCUGUUGGUAUGAGGAAGAGAUUGAAGAGAACUUGAGGUGGUGCUUUGCUCUCAAGAGCAUUUUGCACACAGGUGCCUCUCAGUACCAGGACAUUCAGCUCUUGGACACUAAGCCUUUUGGAAAGGCUCUUGUAAUUGAUGGAAAGCUUCAGAGCGCAGAGAUAGAUGAGUUCAUCUACCAUGAGUCCCUUGUCCAUCCUGCACUUUUAAAUCAUCCAAGUCCAAAAACCAUUUUCAUCAUGGGGGGAGGUGAAGGCUGCAAGAGAAGAGAAAUACUCAGACACUGGGCAGUGGAAAAGGUCAUAAUGUGUGAUAUUGAUGAGGAAGUGGUUGAUUUCUGCAAAUCACAUUUAGUGGUUAACAAGGAAGCCUUUUACGAUCCUAGACUGGAGCUCAUAAUCAAUGAUGCCAGGGCUGAACUGGAAAGGAGGGAAGAGGUAUAUGAUGUGAUCAUAGGAGACCUGGCAGAUCCAAUUGAAGGAGGGCCAUGCUACCAACUCUACACCAAAUCCUUCUAUGAAUUCGUAGUGAAGCCCAGGCUCAAGCAUGGGGGCAUUUUUGUCACACAGGCAGGGCCAGCUGGGAUUUUCAGCCAUACAGAGGUGUUUUCUUGCAUCUACAACACUCUCAGACAGGUCUUCAAAUAUGUUGUGCCAUAUUCAGCUCAUAUUCCUUCCUAUGCUGACACUUGGGGAUGGGUCAUGGCAUCAGAUUCACCGUUCACGCUGAGUGCUGAUGAACUAGACCUCAGAAUCAAGCAGAGGAUCAAAGGGGAGAACAGAUACCUAGAUGGCAAAACAUUUACAUCAUCCUCUACCUUGAGCAAAGCUGUUCGAAAAUCGUUAGACAACGAGACACACGUCUAUACCGAAGGAAAUGCAAGGUUCAUUUAUGGGCAUGGGAGCGCAUACAAGCAGCAGCAUUGAGCAUUACAAGAGUACUGGAUUGUUGCUCUUAUCCAAGAAAAGUGAAAAUAGUACAACUAAAAAAAGAAAGAAGAGAAAAUUUUAAGAUUAAGAAACUGCUUGUCUUUGUCUACUUUUUGUGUUGGUUGCUUAAUUAUGUAGUUACCUUAAAGAGAUUAUGUAAUGUAAUGUAAUGUAAUGGAAUGGAUCUUUCUUUCAUUAA